AUGAUAUCUCUUACCAAUAUGAUCAAUUGUGUGAGAGAAAAUAGAAGAUUAGUGCCAUUCUUCAAAGCAGUGUUCAUUUACUUUGCUUUGAGUUGUGAGGCGGACGGGCCUCCCUCAGCAUGGGCGGCGGCAUUCAAGUGUGCCCCGGUGAUGUGCUUGAUGGCAUGCGUUGCAGGCUGCGGGUAUGGCUGGUAUGCGCGUUUCGUGGCACUUGGGCUGGGGCUUUCUGCGAUAGGAGAUGCAUUGCUCGUAUGGCCGCAGUACUUCUUGCCGGGAAUGGGCGCAUUCGCCGUGGCGCAUAUUGCCUAUAUCUUGGCUUUUGGGUGGAAACCGCAAAGUUACCUUACUCUAUAUGUCAUUUACGAAGGAGUUUCAUUGUACAUUCAAGCUAUCUGCCCUCCGGCCUCAUUAAGUGUCCUGGUGCAAGGAUACGCGCUACUGCUCACUACCAUGACAUGGCAUGGCAUAGUGCGCAAGGGUAUCCAGCGGUAUGGUGUGCUGCUUUUUUUAAUAUCUGAUGCCAUCCUGGGGUAUAGCCUGUUUAGGGGAACUGUUCCCUACAAACAGGUCAUUGUGAUGUCUACUUACUACUCAGGCCAGUUUUUCAUUGCAAUGAGCGCGCUUCAGAGACCACAGAGCGCAGUUGUUACUAAUUAA